GGCCUCGAGCGAGCGCGGCCGCCGGCGACACCCGGACAACGCGCCGGCGGCGGGGCAAGGAGGGCAGCCCGGAGGGCAGCGGCCCCGGCCCGCGUGUGCGGCCCUCUCUCGCACUCCAACACCGCGCCGCCUGUCCCCGGCCCUGCCACACGUGCAGCUAUGGUGGGCCGGCUGAGCCUGCAGGAUGUCCCCGAGCUCGUGGACACGAAGAAAAAAGGCGACGGCGUCCUGGACAGCCCGGACUCGGGGCUGCCCCCAAGCCCUAGCCCCAGCCACUGGGGGCUCGCAGCGACGGCGGGCGGCGGCGGGGAGCGCGCUCCGGUCGCAGGGACGCUGGAGCCCGAUGCGGCGGUGACCCCUGUAGUCCCGAACCCAGCAUCUCUGACCCACUCGCUGGCUGCCGUCUGCUCACCGCGACUCUGUCCUCUGUCCUUCGGUGAAGGAGUCGAGUUUGACCCCUUACCACCAAAGGAAAUAAAGUAUACCUCCUCAGUCAAGUACGACUCCGAGCGGCACUUCAUCGAUGAUGUGCAGAUGCCCCUGGGCCUGGUGGUGGCUUCCUGCAGCCAAACAGUCACCUGUAUCCCCAAUUGCACUUGGCGAAACUAUAAGGCCGAAGUGCGCUUCGAGCCUCGCCACAAGCCUGCUCGUUUCCUCAGCACCACCAUCGUCUACCCCAAGUACCCCAAAACCAUCUACACCACCACUCUGGAUUACAACUGCCACAAGAAGCUGAGGAGGUUUCUAUCCAGCGUGGAGCUCGAAGCCACAGAGUUCCUGGGUAGCGAUGGGCUCUCCGAUGAAUGCUGACUUAGCUAGCUUGAGGUCGGACCAGCUGUUCAUACACUGUCCUGGUCCCCAGACCACCCUGGACAAGCUGGGUAGCAUUGCUCUUGCGUAUCACCCCAGCCCCAGAGGAAUCUAACUUGGAGAUACCUCUAAGCCCAGCCGGGGAAGAUGUAUUAAAAAAAAAAAAAAUCACUUCAUCUUAUAAUAAUAGAGAAACUCGGCUUCGUUAAAAUUUUUUCCAGAUAGUUUAAAAAAAAAAAAAAGAAUGUGUGUGUGUGUGUGUGUGUGUGUGUGUGUGUGUGUGUUCUGGUUGGUUGAUGCAGUUUCCCCAAAGUCUCAAUUUGAUAAGAAAAUAGUAAGAGGCAAAACAAAAGGUCAGUGCUAUCACGGCAGGCUGAGGUGAGCGCGUCCUCCAUUUUCUGAUGAACAGAGUGGGAAAAAUCUCUGGACUAGAGUAGGUAAGUUAAGACAUUUCAGCCGUGCGUAUGUUUACUGCUGAGGGGAAAGGAGAGUUAACUGCUCCGGAGACUGUGAUGCCUGUGUGUGCUUAGACUGCUCUGGGCCUUUUUUUUUCUCUACUUCUAUUUGUUUUUCCUGUUAACCCAAACUCUUAGAUUUAUCAAAAAUCUUUUUCAUGAUAUUAGGGAAGAAAAACAAAACAAAACAAAAAAGCCACAAGAGGAGAUGCCUUUAACACAAACUCUCUGCCUAUUCCGCUUUUGUUGGUUGGGUGAACAGCUAGCCGGGUCCGAGGCCCCGCGGCCGUCUGGCUCCCGCUGGUUGGUUUCAGGCCCAGGCUCUGGUGCCGCCCAGCACGCUUGGCAUCUGGUUAACGUCUCCCCAGGCUUGUGUAACUCUGCUCAUAGGUAUUUUGGGGUUUUGAAAUACUUUUCCUUUUUUUUUUUUUU